AUGCUGUUCAAAUCCGCUCUCGCCCUGGCCUUUGUGGCCCUCGCCAAUAUCGCCUCCGCCUCCACCCCCGCUUGUGUUUUGUCGGUUGUUGGCGACACGAGCAACCCUGAUGAUCUUUCUUCCAUCUGCGGCUCCAAGACAAUCCAGUCCACCAUUGAGAGCAAGUGUGGCGACAAUGCGGAUACUGCCCUGAAGUUCUUCAGCAACAACUGCAAGAGCUACGGAUUCACUGUUGCUGAAGCGGAGUCCUCCAACACCACUAGCAGCGCUACUGAAACCGCAUCUGGCUUCGUCACCGCCGCCUCUACCUCUGGCUCGCAGGCAACUGGCGGUACCGGCUCUAGCUGCCACACUAAAUCUGGCUGUGCUUCUUCUGCCACUUCCACGUCUGGUUCCGCCUCUGGUGCUGCCUCUGGUUCUCCCUCUGGUACCACGUCUGGCGGCUCUGGCUCAGCAUCCAGCUCUAGCUCUGGUACCGGUGAGGCCUCGCCUUCGCCCUCUUUCGCUGGUGCUAUUACUGGUCAACAGCUCUCGGGUACUACUUUCGCUGCUGCGCUGUUCUUUGCUGCGGCUGCCCUUCUGUAA